GCGGGGCCUGCCGCUGAUUGGCUGAGCUCGCGGGGCUGAGGAGUCCGGCAAAGUGUGGAAGUGAAGAGGAGGAAGUAGUUUUUUGAAAAAGAUGGAAAUGUGGAGAAGGAGAGUUUGAGCCGAGUCGCGCUGAGGAGCCAUGCCCGCACAGCCCCCUGUGAGGGAGCCCGAGGAGGAGAUGGAGGCAGAAGGAGAGUCACAGCUCCCUGAGGCCAACGGAGAGGUGGAGGAGCCGAGAGAAAACGAAGGGAGAGGAGGCGGAGAAGAGACCAUGGAGGAGAGCACGGAGGAGAGGGAGAGCGACCUGGACGAGAGUGAAGAGGGAGAGGAGGAGGAGGAGGAGGAGGAAGAAGAGGAGAGUUCAGAGAUGGACGAUGAAGACUGCGAGCGGAGGAGGGGGGAAUGUCUCCACGAGAUGUACGAUCUUGAAAAACAAUUCCAGGAGCUGAAGGAGAAGUUGUUUCGGGAGCGGCUGAACCAGAUGAAAGUGAAGCUGGACGAGGUGCUCACUGGGAAGGCCGGAGAAUACAGGGAACCACUGGCGGCGCUGCAGAACAGCAUGCAGAUCCGAACACAGGUGGCCGGAGUGUACAGGGAGUUGUGUCUGCAGGUGAUCCAGCACAAGCACGAGUGUGAAGUGCAAGGAGCACGGCAGCACCUGGAGAGCGAGAGGACGCUGCUGUUCGACGCCAUGAAGACCGAGCUGCUGGAAAAGAUCCGGCGACUGGACGAGGACAGACAGAACACAGACCUCACCUCGGAGUGGAGCGAUGAGACGAGGGGCAAGAAGUGUAAAAGAAAGAUUCUGCCGGGUCGCAUGGAGAGAAAGAAGAAAGUAGCUCUUGUUUCCGGACCUUUCAUCGUCUACAUGUUGAGAGACAUCGACAUCCUCGAAGACUGGGCCGCUAUAAAGAAGGCGAAAGCAGCACUGUUGCCACUGAAAAAGAAAACUGAAAUUUGUCUUUCAGAGCGGUGAUGACACGAGGGUCCCAGUGGCAAAGACACCAAACUGAACACCCGCAAACACACAUUCCCAGCUUCUCCCACUAGCAGUCCCAGUUUUGCGCCCGGCAGACUUUCGCUCCUUCUUUACGCCUUUGACCCCAACAAGCAUCUCUCCUGUCCCUUUGUUAUCUAUUGCUAUUUAAAAUAACUUCCUAAUGAUAUGACCACCGUGUAUUUAUAGAAUGAUUUCAUAAUGAUGAUUAAAAUUUUAAUGCUUUGUGACACAA